UACCUAACUACCUAUAGCUGCCCAAUGCGCAAUCGGACUCUGCAAGCGAAUGGGGUUUCUAUGGUCGUUGGUGGCGCUGUUCCUCGCCCCCAUUUUGGUCGCUGUUGUUGGCUUUGUUUCUGCUAUCUUUUUCGAAGCUUAUCGGAGAAGAAAUAACAAUACGCAUGUAGAAGCUCCCGCAGUCUUCGAGGGCCCUGAUUCGUCGAAACAGGUUCCUUGCACCCAUAUUUCUGAUCCAUCAGAGAAGUAUAUAUCUCUGAUAAUCCCUUCAUACAAUGAAGAGCUUAGGCUUCCUGGAGCUCUGGAGGAAACUAUGAAUUAUCUUGAACAACGUGCAGCAAAGGAUGAGUCAUUUUCUUACGAGGUGGUGAUUAUUGAUGAUGGAAGUGUUGAUGGGACAAAAAGAGUAGCUCUUGACUUUGUAAGGAAAUACACUAUAGACAAAGUGAGGCUUAUCCUUCUUGGUAGAAAUCAUGGCAAGGGAGAAGCAAUUAGAAAAGGAAUGCUUCAUUCACGUGGUGAACUGCUUCUGAUGCUGGAUGCGGAUGGAGCAACCAAGGUUAAUGACCUUGAAAAACUUGAAAAUCAGAUCCAUGCUUUUGCCAGAAAGGAGUGUCAUGAUGGAGAUUUAGCAGCUAGCAAUUCAAGUUUUAGGAUAUCUGAUAUCCCAAUUGCCGCAUUUGGUUCUCGCGCUCAUCUUGAGGAGAAGGCUCUGGCUACAAGGAAAUGGUACCGGAACUUUUUGAUGAUGGGUUUCCAUCUUGUGGUGCUCUUGACUGCAGGUCCUGGAAUUCGUGACACGCAGUGUGGUUUUAAGAUGUUUACUAGGGCUGCAGCAAGGAAGCUUUUCAAAAACAUCCGUUUGAAGAGGUGGUGUUUUGAUGUCGAGUUAGUGUUUCUGUGCAAGCGGUUUGGUAUCCCAAUAAUUGAGAUAUCUGUGAACUGGUCAGAAAUUCCUGGAUCCAAGGUGAAUCCAUUGAGCAUACCAAAUAUGCUUUGGGAGCUUGCACUCAUGUCUGUGGGAUAUCGGACCCAUAUGUGGACAAUUUCUACUUGAGCCUUCAUCUUGGAGUUUCAUCUUGAAAAAGUAAUGUGAUCUUUCCAGCGGCUCUCGAUCUUCUAGUACAAGACCAGAGAAAGAAAAGUGUCAGACCUGAUUAGGCCGUGGGGUACAGAUCUUUUCUUUCAAGAACAUUCGCCAUGGGAAUAUUUUAUGCAAACCAUGAUCUUCCCUUGCGGGUUCAAUUUGUGAAAUUAUUUGGUGGUUUCUACCCCUUCUAUUCUACGUUCAUACAUUUUCCUGACAAAAUUCGGAUUGUGACAUGUCUUUUUUCCAGAAAUAAAUGAUUGAAUUGAGCAGUA